AUGGAUAUCCUAGAAGAGACAGAGAAGACAACCAGAUUAAACGGGAAUAAAGAAGAAAACACAAAAGUGCUCAUAGAUAUGAUAGACCUAACAGAAACAACAUCCCAUGCAUUGGAAAUAAUCCAUAAAAUGAGUAAAAAAAAGGGAAACUUCAAAGAAGCCCUUAAUAAAAUGAUACUCCAUGCAUAUAACAAGUACAUGCACUUAAGCACAACAGAAAUCCAGCAAGAUUCAUAUAAAAACCCAAUAUACUUAGAUAUAAAUAUGAUUAGGCCUAAUACAUCAAUGGAUAACCAUAUUAUAAGCGUAUUAGGCAGCAGUCUAGACGUAGAUAUAAGUGGGUAUGCAGAAGAAUUGGAUAAGUCAGGGUAUAACCAGAUUAUAUCCCAGCCACAGACAGAUUUAACAAAAAAUAACCAAACCACAGGUAAAUCUGACACCACAGAAAGUGAAUUCCUUAAAUUCCUUAAGAGCCUUCUGAAAAUAGUCGAGGGUUCGAUUCACAUGGAAUACUUAAGGCUCUUUAUUUCGGAUGCAAUUAAGCAAAUAUUCCUCUCCGAAAAUAAUACGACUGCAUGUCUUAACACUCUGUAUGCCAUAAAUCCAGAAACAUUCUCAUCGUUGAAUAUUCGUGACAUACUUACAUUUCAGUUAGAACAAAUGAGGAUUGCCAUUUUGAGCAAUAAUUUAAUUAAGGCAGAAAAUAUCUUAAAAAGAAUCUCAAUUAAAAAUAUAAAAAAUAACGGAUUAUUCAGUUAUUUCCUAAAUAGGAUAAUAUUCAUAUAUUCCCAUUAUGGUAACUAUUUAGAACUCUCACAUAUUUUUAAUUACCUAAAGAAUAAUGAGAUUUUUGACUUCCUCACACGGCAGCAACUAAUUACACUCUCCAUGCUCUAUGCCAUCCUGAGCCUAGACAAGGAAUUAGUCCCAGCCAGGCUUAUGAUCCAUAAUAUAAUCAGUUGUAAAUUAUCAGAUAAUAAUGAUUACCAAAUUGGGAAAUAUUUCAUUAAUAAUAUUUUAAUUAACAUUAAUUUUGAUAUUAUCAUAAAAAGAGUCAUAAGCCUAGGUGUCCACUACUUUUUGCACUUCCUAAAAUACGUUAAAUAUAAUAUUAUACUGUACAAUAUUAACGUAAUAAGUUUCCACUACAGUAAAAUAAGAAUCUCACAGGCCGCAGAAAUAACAGGCACACAGAAGCACGAGAUAUUAAUAAUCCUGCAGGAAAUGAUACGUAAUAGAACUGUAUAUGGGAAUAUUGUAGAGAACAUGGAUAUUGUUGAAUUUGAAAAUAAAAAAGAAAUGGAAGUUGGAGGAGUCGAACUUGCAAGUGAAAAGGUCCGGGAGAGACUUAAUGAGAUAGGAAUUACUUUGGAUAAAACUAAAGAUAACCUAGGGGGAGUUGAACUUGCGGCUAGAAUUAGGGAGUGCCCAGGGGUUGACUCUAUUGAGGCAUGGAGCAGAAGGAUUGAAGCAUGCUUGGAUGGAAUUAUAAAGAUAAAUCAUAGCAUGAAUGGUAUAUGA